GUUGUUCAAACAGAGUAGUUGCAUGUGUCGGAGCUCCAGGAUCGUUUCGUCCUAUUUCUUCUAAAAGUUUGCCGCUUGCAUGCUUUCUCAAACCUGUCUCCAUGGACCUGAGUCCAGAGAAGCACUCUGAACUUGAGGACAUCCGGCUGAGGAAAGGAGCCCUUCUGCUGGAGAUCCAGAGGCUGCGGGAGGCGCUGAGAGAGGCCCUCAUGGAAGUGGAGGUCCUUGAAUCCAGCACCAAACGCAGCCAAAUCUUAGAAAAGAAUAGGCAUGUCGCCAUGGGAAGAAAGAAAUUCAACAUGGACCCUAAGAAGGGUAUCCUGUUCAUGGUACAAAACAAUCUUCUCCGGCACACGUCUGAGGACAUCGCCCAGCUCCUAUACAAGGGAGAGGGGCUGAACAAAACAGCCAUUGGGGAUUACCUGGGUGAGAGAGACGACUUCAAUAUCCAAGUCCUCCAAACAUUUCUUGGGCUUCAUGAAUUCGUAGGGUUCAACCUGGUACAGGCUCUCAGGCAGUUCCGUCUGCCAGGAGAAGCACAAAAGAUUGACAGGAUGAUGGAGGCCUUUGCGCAGAGGUACUGUCAAUGUAAUCCUGGAGUCUUCCAGAACAUUGACACUUGCUAUGUACUUUCAUUUUCCAUAAUCAUGCUAAACACUAGCCUUCAUAAUCCAAAUGUGUGAGACAAGCCCAGUGUGGACAGGUUCAUCUCCAUGAAUCGAGGAAUCAAUGAUGGAGGCAACCUGCCAGAUGAUCUCCUCCGAAAUCUUUAUAAGAGCAUAAAGAAUGAGCCAUUCAAGAUUCCUGAAGACAAUGGGAACAAUGCCUUCUUCAACCCUGACAGAGAGGGUUGGCUCUUCAAAAUGGGAGGAGGACGGGUGAAAACAUGGAAAAGGAGGUGGUUCAUCCUGAUGGAUAACUGCCUUUACUACUUUAAACAUACUGCGGAUAAGAAACCCAGGGUGAUCAUUCUGCUGGAGAAUCUGAGCAUCCGUGAGGUGAAGGAUCUCAGGAAGCCUAACUGCUUUGAACUGUACAUCCCUAACAACAGCAGACAGCUGAUGAAAGCCUGCAAAACGGAGGCGGACGGCCGCCUGGUAGAGGGCAAUCAUGUGGUGUACCGCAUCUCGGCGCCAACCCCUGAGGAGAAGGACAAGUGGAUACAGAGCAUCACUGCUGCUGUGAGCGCUGACCCUUUUUAUGAGAUGCUGGCAGCAAGAAAAACACGGAUCUCUUAAAACAGGGGUGUCAGACUCAUUUUCACCCCGCGCCACAUCAGCAUCAUAGUUGUCACCUUAUUCGGCCCUCAGGAAACCACCAUGUCCCCCACAGA